AAACGCAGGCGCGGCAACUUUAUACGCUACACACCUGGAGCGCGAGGCGGCGACGACGAGGAGUUCGUAGAAGAAAAAGUGCCCCAGGUGUCGGCAUACGCGGUUAAGACGCUUUACGCUGUCCACGUGAUCCAUUAUCAGACGAAGAACGCGCUUUCUGAUUGCGGCAGUGGUUACGACGGAGACGACGAAUCAGGAGCGAGCUCGUGCAGUCUGCAACAGUACAGUGCCCCCGUAAGGGACCAUGCUUACUUAAAUAGGGAUAAGUGCAAUUUGCCAUGGACUACUGACACGUCUGAAAAAAUUAUAGUAUGUACUCUACCGAGGAAUGAUUAUAAAUUUAUUGAGGAUUUGAAGAUAAAAAAGGCACAACAUGAUCGAAUGGUAUUGGAGCCAAAGUUCGUCGAUUAUGGCACCAUUCAUCCGACCCCAGAACAGCAUAACCACGAAACGAACCACGGCACUGUAGGCCCCGGACACCAUCAUCGGUCCAACCAUCACCAUCAUCAACUGUUGGAGGACGACCUUGAAACUGUGCCCACCAACAAUUCCACCGGUAAUAAGAUGACACAAGGAGAUCUGUACCAGAGGCAGCCCCUCUUGCCAAGCCUAUCAAAAACCGACAGUGAUCAUUGGGCGCAUGGAACCCACGGGAACGGCACCUCCGAAUACUACGUGGACGACGAAGACGACGAUAUUAUGGAAAAAGGACCGAAUCGUAAUGGGGACAUCAAAAUUGAUAUACCAACGUCUCGAGAGGAGCCGAGAUUCCCCCAGGAAAGGUGGAAAACAUUACUAGCAUUCAUAAUAAUGUGUUUCAACUUCAUUCUGACGUUGACGUCGCUCAGUAUGGUACACGAAAAGGUGCCGGAUAGAGAAGUGUACGGACCGCUGCCGGACGUUUUCUUGGACAAUGUGCCUGCCUACGACUGGGCCCUCGACGUCUCCGAGUACAUCAUCAUUUUCUGUGUAAAUUCUUGUAUGAUAGCCAUGGUAUUUCAUAAGCAUAGGUUCAUAGUAUUCCGACGGAUAUUUCUGAUAAUGUCCCUCCUGUACAUGUACAGGGCGAUAACCAUGUACGUAACGGUACUGCCGCUGGCAAGCAGGACGUACCCGUGCUCUCCCAAGUCCAACGAAACCUCACCGACUCUGAUAGCGAAAAGAGUUCUCCAUUUGAUGAGCGGUUUCGGGCUGUCCGUCAAUGGGAAACACACUUUUUGCGGGGAUUUCAUUUAUAGCGGACACACGGUCGUUUUGGUGUUCAGUUAUUUAGUUAUAUCCGAAUAUACGCCAAAAAAGUUUUACUUGUUGAGGUUUAUCCAUUGGUUAUAUUGGACUUUGGCCGCAGUUGGAGUGGUGAUGUUGCAAAUGUCACACGGGCAUUAUACAGUUGACGUGAUAAUCGCUUACUACAUCACCACUAGGAUAUUUUGGAUAUAUCAUACGUUAGCUAAUAACUCAAAUUUAAAACAAUUCUCAUCGAAUAACCUUUUGAGCCGGAGCUGGUGGUUCGCGUUGUUCCUCUACUUCGAGGGCAACGUUGGAGGGCCGAUCCCGCGCCAAUUCGAUUGGCCGUUGCCGUGGCCCCGCCGGUGGCAAUCAAAAGGCAACCGGGCCAGUUAGUGCCGAACCAAACUAUGUUAAUACCACUGAAGAAAAUUCGUAUACCUUGUGAUAAUAAGAUAUAAGUGUUAUAUUUUACUUAGCGCCUUAAAGUGACUUACUUAACUCAUUUUUUUUUUGUUCGUUGUAAUGUUUCUUGUUUUCGUGCGUGAGAGAAGGUAAUAUUUGUGAUUGAGCGUGUUUGUUUUGGAGUCGUCAGAAGAAUGUUGAUUAUGUGGAUAUUAGGACGGUUUUAAGCGUAAAAAAGACGUCUGCAGGUAAAUUGUUUUUUUUUUAAUUAUUGUAACUGAAAUGGUAUGAUAGGUGAGACGGACUUGUAAUUGUUUUUGUAAUUUAAUUUAACUGUAUUUAAAUGGCAGCAUAAACAGUGGGUCAA